AUGCCUCUCUCUUGUUUCCACGUGUCUCCAAAUGCUCCAGCACAUAAAUUUCAAACUUCGAAUGUCCCGCUUGCAUUUGAAUUUCAAAAAGUUGCUAGGGAUGUUGAUACGUUCUCUCAUGAGGAGGUCAAAGUUAUUGAAUUGAGAGGUUGUGUUGGCAAUUGGUAUGAAAUUGAGUUUGCUAUGAAUGUUAUCAAAUAUGCCAACAAACUUGAGCGAAUAGUUUUGAGUCCAUAUUGGAGAGAUACUGUUGAAUCCUUUGAUUGGAGUUCUGAUCUUGCAUGGUUUCAAAAUGGGCGUCAAAGGAUUACUGAAAAGUUUCAAACUGAAGAACUAGUUGGAAGAGAAAAACUAGUGCUCAUAUAA